GCUAGAGCUUGGGCCAGACUUGCCCUCGGGCCAGCCCAGGUUGUUGGGUCUCACCUUGCGCCCGGGCUUCAAUUUGUUGCUAGAAACAGCUUUUUGGCCCAAACCCCCCCCCCAGACAGAGGCUUGGACUCCUCGCUGGAGUUGCUCUAAGAGCACUUAGAAGCGCACGAAAAACCUAAACGAAUCCAACGAAAACCCUUUUCAUUUGCGCUUUCAAUCACUCAAUUUUGCAACAUAUUGCAAUGCAAUGAAAACACACCAAGGCAACUUCAUUUUUAACGUUCUCAUGUGUGGUUUCUCAAAAAAAAUAAUAAUUCCACACGUGUUUGAAACUGCAACAGUGUGCGCCAAACCUUACCCUCUGCUCGAGAAAAACCGCGUUUCUUCUUCUUCUCUCUCUCUCUCAACCCUAGAAAUGGCAGAUUCGGAAUCGAACUAUAUCGACGAGCAUUCAGCCACCUCAACAACCAUAACAUUCGACCGACCGAUCCCGUUGCUCCGAGGACCAGUUCGGGCUGGCCCACCCGAUGACCCAUCCUCUGGUCCGUACGUCCUGGCGUUUCGAGACCCCAGGACAUGGGCAAACGCGUACAGAGCCUGCGAGUCCAAGAUCAUCGAGCAGUGUGAGGCCGGCGCCAGGAUCGGGUGCGCCAUCAGCGCAUCGGACAAGUGUAAGCCGCCGUGGUGGCGAGCUCUGAUUGGUCCGAAAGCACCGGACUUGAAGGAGAGGGAGCAGUGCGAAGAGAGAGAAAUGGAGGGGUGUUUGUCUGCGGCGAAAGAUAAGUGCGUUGGGUUCGCGAAGGAGAAGUGCUUGAAGCCCUUUAGAGACGCGAGAAUUGCUGGCCUUCAUGUAAAGCAGGCUGAGAGGUUGGUUUGCUGGGCAACUGUGAUGGAUCGGAGCACGUGGCUCAGUUUGAUUGGAUUGGACAAAUUGGGUUAUUUUGGUUCGGCAACGGGAUAUUGAAGGUGUGAAUUUGGAGAAUGGUGUUUAAAGUUGCUGAAGAAGUGUUGCUGAUGAAGUGGGCAUUUGCAAAGGUAUGUUUGCAUGAACUCUGAUUCUUUGAUUUACCAUGAAAAUAGUAGAAAAGAUGCAAAGCUUUUUUGAAUUUAGUAUUUGAAAUUUUCUGAGUAUAUCAAACUUAUUGUGUUAUAGUAUUGGAUCAGCUUCGUAUGAUUUUGCAAUUGGAUAGGAAUUUUGCACAGAUUGGGUUCUAUUUAGGAAUCUCUGAGACUAAUGCAUGUAGAGCUGAACAAGCUUUUUGUUGGAUCUAAUAUAUCUUGUCCUUCUCUUUUGAUGACUUCCUUUAUAACUUUCCGGAUACCUUGAAAUUGAGUUAAUGGAGUUUGAAUCCACAAUGUUGCUGUUGCUGUAUUUUGUUUGGUGCUCGUUGGGCUGAAAGAGCCCAUUUAUGACCAAAAAAAGGUUGAACAUCCACACAAAACAAAAUCUUUAGGCCCAAAACAUCCAAAAGUUUAUGGUAUCUUGUACUCCACGUGCAUCUACACGUUCUUCCUGGUGUGAAGUCAUUCCUCAUAGACGUUCUGUUUGUGCAUGCUUUAUCCUGAACAUAUUACAUAUGCAGAUAGCUAAUCUUGAAAGGAUUCAUUUAUUUUUUUAUAGGUUAUCUGUGUAGACUUUUUUUUGUUUACGUAUGCUUUUGUACGCAAAUAGUUUCUUGAAAGCAUCAUUUUCAUUUAUAAAACAAAUGAGCUACAAAGACUUUCUGCAUAUCUAUGCUUCUUCCUUUAAUAUAUGCAAACAGUUAUCUUGAGGGGAUUAUUUUCUUUGUUUUAAAAUAUAAAUGAGCUAUGUAUUACUUUUGGAAACUGAUUUGGUUUUCUGAU